CCUGGAGAGAUGCCAACAGGAGAAGCAACCCCGGCCUCUUCCUCCUAAAGACCAAAGGGAAAUGAAGGAAACGUGACCAUUAAACUGGGGAAGCCGGGAGGAAAACCCCAAAGGGGAGAGGUUGGUUGGGGAACCUGCACUUGCUUCAAGAGUGGAGGCAGGAGGCUGGUGGGAGCUUCUCCCAUGAGAGUUAGGGGACAGGGCUCUCCUGACACCCUGUCAGGGGAUGGUCAGGAGUGAAUCCCAGGAAUCGUGAGUACCAUCCAGGAUCAAGGCCUCAAGAGCUUCCCCCACCCCGCACUAGAGUCCCCGGACCCUAGGGCCCGUGUCUCAGCUAAGCUGCCUCUUUGAAUGGGCUGUGGUUUUGCUGGAUUCCUGGCUCCUUGCCACACACAGGAAGACAUGGGCUGUCACUGAAAUGUGCUGACAAAGCUGGGCUGAGGCAGCUGCCUGGCUGGCUCCCACAGUGCACUUUUUGCGGUGCUGCCCAUCAGGGCCUUGUCUCCUCUCGGCUUCUUUCCCUCCAGUUUCCCACGGUUCGGAGCUGAACUGUGGUAACGGCUGAGGGAGGUCAUGGUAUGGCACAUAGAUCUUCCCUGAGCAGGACGAGUCAGUGGAUAGCAUCAUUCCCUCCACAGUGCGUCCUACUGCGGGGUAAGAGAGAGAGGAAUGCACCCCUGACACCCGCUUCAUCCCAACGCAUGAGGGGCCAGAGUCCUUGGAGCUGUAUCCUGGCCCAUGUUGCUGCAGAUGCUAUUCUUCUUCAGACAGUGCAAAGGUGUCCAGCAGCCUGGAAGGAAGGGGCUAUUAGAGUGAAUACGGCUGGUUCCCACCGGCGUGGAUGGUGUGCCCCAUGGGCUACGGACUUGGGUUCGUUGGUAGGAAUCCUUUGUGUUAGCGGCAUCAGCAGGUAGCAUUCCUCAUAGAGCCGAGGCCUGGCAUUCAGAGAGAAGCCAUGACUGACGCCCCGGAGAGCACGAUGGGCCGGAGGUCUCUCACGCUGAAGCGCAGGUUCCUCUGGAAGCUCCGCCAGAAAUGGAAGCUCCUGGGCCUCUUUGAGAUCAACGAGGAGCACGAGUUUUAUGACCUGACCUGCAUGCUGAAGGUGGGGCUCAGGGCUGCAAUCCAAGAGGCCAUUGACAACCCGCCUGUGGAUGCCCUGAGCGACGCAGACUGCAAGGCCGUGCUGAAGCAGGCCCAUAAGGGCUUUGAGAUGCGUACGUAUGGUGGCCCGGCCUUUGCUCACUUCAGGCACUCGCUGGGCAUAUCGGAGAAGGAAUACCAGCUGUCCCUGUCCUCCCAGAGCUCCUACCUGCAGUUCAUCAGCAACUCCAAGAGCAAGGCUGACUUCUUCCUGACGAACAACAAACGCUUCUUCCUGAAGACGCAGAGUAAGAGAGAGAUCCGGUUCCUCCUCUCCAACCUGCCCAAGUACAUCCAGCACCUUGAGAGAUACCCCCACUCCCUCCUCGUCAGGUUCCUGGGGGUUCACAGCAUCAUCGUGGCUCAGGAGAAGAAGAAAUACUUCAUCAUCAUGCACAGCGUGUUCUACCCCGACGAAAGGAUCCUUGAACGGUAUGACAUUAAAGGGUGUCAGGUGAAUCGCUGGACGGAGCCCGCCCCCGAGGGCAGCCAAGUCAUUGUGGUGCUGAAGGAUCUCAACUUUGAAGGAAAAUCCAUCCAGCUGGGUCAGCAGCGCUCCUGGCUCCUACGCCAGGUGCAGCUGGACACACAGUUCCUGAAGGAGCUGAACGUGCUGGAUUACAGCCUGCUGGUGGCAUUUCAGCCCCUGCAUGCAGACGAAAAGGGUCAGAACCUGUCUUUCGCGGACAUCAUCUUCAGGACCACCAUGUCCUUGAGCAAUCCCGAGAGCUCCCUGCGCACCUCAGUGUCAGGGAUUGUGGAGGAAGAGUCUGACAUUCUGGUGUCUGAGAUGGUAGGGGGAGUCAACCUCUACCGACUGCGUGAGCUGAAUUUGGGGGUGGAGGACAUGAGCCUCCAAAGCAGCACCAAGUCUGACACUGAUCUGGCCCACAUCCUGGCCCAGAACCGACGCUUGCUGCCCCGAUGCAAGAGCCCCCUGCACUUGCUUGAUGGCCCGGAGUUCCGCUACUUCAUGGGCAUCAUUGACCUGUUCACCGUGUACAGCUUCCGCAAGAGGCUCGAGCAUCUGUGGAAAUGCAUCCGGUACCGGCAUCAGACCUUCUCCACCGUUAGCCCCUCAGAUUACGCCAGGCGCCUCUGCCAGUGGGUGGAAUCACACACUGUAUGAGUGAGGCCCUGCACCGGGCCUGAAACUGAUGGCAGCUUCCCAGACAGCCCCACUCGCACCCUGGGAGGGUUACAAGCCCACAGACUGCUGCAAGCUGCCUGCUGCUGAUCGCUUGCACCACCAGGAGGCAGGCUUAAGGCAGUGGUGCCACUGUGUUACAGGGGUGCUGCAGAAGAAACAUUUCCAGCAUCCUGAAGGCAGGUUUUUGGCAUCAGAACUGAAGAGUCGGGGGGGGCCAUGAUCACUUGGGCAGCAGCUGUCCUGCAGUGUGCUGCGGGGAUGGGGGUCAGUAGGUGCCGCAGUUGUCCAAGGAACCUAGUAAAUAGGGAAUCUGUGAACCAGUUUGCAUUGCUCUCACGUGGGGUGUCUCUGGGUGCGCCGGUUUGCAUCUCGGAUGGUGAAAUAGCCCCACCAAAAUCCAUUCAUGGUCCCCGGAUCCUCUCUUGGGACGAGGAUGCAACAGGAGGUGUGGAUGGACGGAAAGGGAUGGCCUGAUCUCCCCUGACUGCCGGUGCCAUUUCGAUCUCAUAUGAAUCCUACCAAGGGUCACUGGAGCAGAACCCCAUCUCCACGGGCACCAGUCUGGGGUUCAAAAGGCACCUGCUGAACCAGAAGCAUGCUGGGAAGCUAAUGACAGGCUCAGCAGCCAGUUCCAGUUUGUGCAGUGAAGUAGCAUGUAGGAUAGGCAGAACCUUUAUCCUCAUCCUAGCCCUGUCAGUCCUAUGCCCUGAGCACCCUGAUACUGCUAUCCCCGUGCUGGACUGCCUGUGAUCAAGAGCUAGGUCCUGAAAACCUACCCUCCCUGCUCUCCGAAGCCACUGUCCUAGUGCUGGAUUGGUUUUGAUCGAGAGCUAUGCUCCCUGACUAUCUCCAAAGCUGGCUGUGGGUGAUUAAGAGCCAGGCAUCACAGCAAAGCCGUGCUCUCCCUGUGUUAGCUUGUCUGGAUGUAGGGAAGUCAGGAGGCUGUCUAGCAUUACCACAGCCCUUGGCCAGGAAAGUCUGGGACCCUGAGAAUGCUCCUUGAGUGGGGACUCUCCGGCUCGGCUUCUUGUCAAUCCCCCCAUUGAGUCAGUGCAGCUGUUGUGAUGGGCAUGCAUUAACCGGGGCAAGCUGCUGUUUGUGUGUGGACAUUCUAACUCCCUAUCGCCUCACAGCAGGAAUGAGAAAGCUCAUCCAGCAGCUGCCAAGCCUGGUGUUGGCGAUGCCGAUUGAGGGAAGAAAACACUGGGCUUGCCCAAUCUGCAGGGGAAAACAUGGUUGUUUAAAAAAAAAAACCCACAAGCCUUUGGCCUCAGAGCCCAACCAGAGCCUUGUUGGGGAGAUCAGUGAAAAGGAAAAGAAUAAGUGGCAAGGGCAGGGGGAUCUCUUAAUAAAAACAAAUAAUUUUAAAGCAGGGAUUCCUUCCUGCAGUCAUCCAAGAGAAUGCAGCUUCCUGGUCUUGUCCAGCAAUGAAAUUCCAUAUUUGAACAUUGACACCUCCCACAAUGCCAAAAAAAAAAAGGCAACAGAGCAAGUGCAUGAAAGAGAAAAGGUGGGGAAGGGGCAGCAUAGUCUAGCACGGCGCUGAGAGUCAGGAGUCCUGGGUUUUAUCCCUGGCACUGACCUUGGGCUAAAUCACAUCUUACUGUGCCUCAGUUUCACCAGCUACAGCAUGGGGAUAAACAUAUCCAUCUGCCUUACCAUGGGUGGGGAGAGGCUUCAUUCAUGAAUGUCAGCAAAACGCUUUCAGCUUCUAGGAUUAAAGGCGUGACAUAAGGGCUUGUAUAUACACAGAAGUUACAUCAAUUGAACUUGAAUCACUUUAUUUGUAUUAUGAGUAACACCUAGCAG